AAAUAGAUACAACCAAAAACUAACCCAUAGAGUACAAAUUUUGGCAGGGGAAGGGGGAUUCCCCCUCCUCUUUAUAUUUCUAUUGCAUCUCUGCACUGGUACAACUCCAUAAUCACCCAACCCACAUCAGAUCAAUCAAAAUAAUUCCCCUAGCACAUAUGUCUACAUACACAUGGUUAAGGAUUCUCUUGAUAGAUAUGCUUUUAAAGUUUAAACCGUUAUAGGCGUGGGUUUUGAAGUUGAACCAGUAAUGGAGCAGGGAGUGAUGAUGUUUCUUUGGGUGCUUGUGAUUGGCUUUGUCACUUUGGUGGUGGUGUGCCGGUGGUGGAGCAGCCGGCAUCACCAAAAGGGCCUUAAACUUCCUCCAGGAACCAUGGGAUGGCCCCUCAUAGGGGAGACCCUCCAAUUUUCUGGCGCCUUGGGCUCCGAAGGCAAUGAAGGUUUCAUCAAAGAGAGGACUCGAAAAUAUGGAACUGAGGUCUUCAAGACACAUUUCCUUGGCAAGCCACUUGUGGUAUUUUGCGGACCCACGGGCAAUAAAUUUGUGUUCUCAAAUGAGAACCGAGUACUCGUGAACUCAUGGCCACCCUCCGUUGCGAGGAUAUUUGGCACUUCAUUGAGCACCAGGGCAGGGGACGAUGCCAAACGGAUACGUAAACUCCUAAUGGCUUUCUUGAGGCCGGAGGACUUCCAAAAGUUUGUCAGUCGAACGGAUAUUGUAGCUCAAAAACACUUAAGAACACACUGGUAUGGGAAAUCGGAGGUGAAGACAUUUGAUAUGCUUAAAGCUUACGCAUUCUCGUUAGCCUGUAGCCUGUUUGCUAGUAUUGAGAGUGAGGAGCGUAGGGCCGAGCUUUCUGCACUUUUCAUUGUUUUGCUGAGGGGACUACUGAAGUUGGACCUGAAAAUCCCUGGAACAAGCCAUUAUAGGGCUAAAAAGGCAGCUGACGCGCUAAAAAGAGAGCUGAGGAAGGAGAUGGAGGAAAGAAAAGAGGCCUUGAAGGAUGGAAGAGCAACCCCGAAGCAAGACCUAUUGUCGUAUCUACUCACCACUGCUGAUGACCGUGGUGGUUAUAUGAGCGAUACAGAAGUGGUGGACAAUAUCUUGCUCCUUCUCUUUGGUGGCCAUGAUACGAGCAGUUCGACACUGCUGAUGGUAUUGAAGUAUUUGGCAGAGGAGCCUUACUGUUACAACGAGAUCCUCAAAGAGCAAAGGGAAAUUGCCCAGUCCAAGAACAAAGAAGAACUACUGAAUUGGGAAGACAUCAAAAAGAUGAAAUACACAUGGAAUGUGGUGUGUGAAGUGAUGAGAGUCGCACCUGCAGUCUCAGGAACUUUCAGAUACGCCAUAACUGACUUCAACUUUGCUGGCUUCCACAUACCUAAGGGCUGGAUGCUCCAUUGGAGUGCGUAUACUACACAUACGAUGGCAGAGUAUUUUCCAGAGCCCGAAAAAUUCGAUCCCUCUCGCUUUGAGGGGGAGGGUCCCACCCCGUUUACAUUUGUGCCUUUCGGUGGGGGACCACGCAUGUGCCCUGGGAUUGAAUUUGCAAGAGUGGGGAUGCUAGUGUUCUUGCACAAUUUGGUGAAGAAUUAUAAGUGGGAAUUGGUUUUCCCAGAUGAGAAGAUACGCAUGGAUCCCAUGCCUGUUGCUGCAAAUGGACUCCCAAUUCAUCUCCACCCACAUCAGCAACAUUCAUGAUCUCUCUCUCAAAGUUAUGGUUGCCAAGUGACUUUAGUGAGGGCCUUCGCUCUAGUCGUUUGCUCCAUAAUUGAAAUGUUUUAUGUUUGCUUUUCUAUGAAAUGAACG